AUGCCGUCUUUCGAACUUGGGGAGUCAAUCCCCGCGGAUACUGCACAUGCCGUGAGUGUGUCACUCCCCACCUGGAAGGCAAAUGUUGGAUAUGAAGAGGGCGAGACCUCAGUAAUAUCGAAGAUGGCAUCUGGCUACCCAAGGUUUUUCAUUCAUAAGACCAUCCUGGCAUUUGCGAAUGAUAUCGUUCGCCAGCAUGGCCGCCUUGGGCAAACAGCGAUACUCUUGAGGAUGAUCCCCAAGAGUGAACGACAACUGCGAAGUGGAGAACGCUACCUAGCCUUAUUUUGCGAAUUCCCAGGCAACCCUCUCCUUGCGUGCCCAGAUCUCCAGCGUAUUCGGCAACUGGCAAACGAGUUUGACUUUUUCGUUGUUAUUGACGAGACUAUCGGAACCUUCGCUAACAUCAACGUCCUCCAGUUUGCUGACAUUGUCGUCAGUAGCCUAACAAAGAUAUUCUCCGGGGACUGUAAUGUCAUGGGAGGUUGUGCCAUAUUGAAUCCCACUAGUAUUCAUUACACGACCCUGAAGGCUGCCAUGGAAUCUGGGUUUGAGGACACAUACUGGCCGGAGGACGUUGUGUUUCUGGAGCGGAAUAGUCGCGACUUCUUAUCGAGGGUUGGCCGAAUCAAUUCGAACUCGGAGGCUAUCUGUGAGAUUCUAAGGGCUCAUCCUCUGGGCACGAACUUUACACUUACUUGCCCAUAUGUUCUGAUUGCCCAUUAUCAGGAGUUGGAAUGGGCUGCUAAAUUCGGUGCUGAGACCACGCUUAUCCGCGUGAGUGUAGGUCUCGAAGAGACUGAAGCUUUGCUCAAAGUGUUCGAAGAGGCGCUUCAUGCAGCAAGCGCUGUUUCGUCGUCGAUCCUGUAUGAGGAGUAG